UUACAGUGCUGUGCCACACUAAGGACUGAGAAACAAUGAGAAAAGGUUUUAUAAAAUUUGUUCAUUCUUAUCUCAGUAAUCUGACAUUUUCUUUUGGCAUGAAGACCUGUGGGUAAAAGAAGUAAAAGUGAACAACUUCCAGCAAAGCUUUUAAUGUUUUUCAUCCACAACAGAUGAUGCAGAACAUGUUUCAGGAGGGACUGUACCAUGUUUUUUUUAAAGAGACACUUCCACCCAGCCCCACCACCCAGACCAGUAAUGCCAUUAAUGAGGAUCUAACAAAUGUUAGGAUUCAUCGUUGGUUUGGGACUGUGGUUAACUCAAGACUUCUAGUCACUGGGGUGGUCCAGGUCCUCAGCGCCUUGGCUAGCAUCCUGACCACAGUGAGCCAUGCGUGUGUGAGGUAUGACUGUUCUGUCAUCAUGGUAACCCCAGUAUGGUCAAGCUUAUCUUAUGUAGCUGCUGGUUGUCUAGCCAUGGAGACUCAGAGAAAAGCUAACAACACAAAGAUCAUCAUUCUCAUGGCACUGAACGUUUUCAGUUUGCUUUUUGGAUUUGCUGCUCUGCUGGCCAAUAGUCUUGCUUCUGUGCAACCUGUGGUCCUGAGUUCGUACAAGCAGCGGGCUGGUUCAAAUGUUGUGAAGGUGAGCUACAUAGUGUUCACCACUCUGUGUUUCGUGGGCACGUUCUACAUACUGUUCCUGUGCUGGAGAGGCCUGCGCCGCUACAGAUCUCGCAAUAUUAAGGCCUACACCUGCAUCUCACAGGAUCCAGAGGAUACGAGUGAGCUUCUGGUGGAACAAGAAGACCUGAAUCUGUAAAACUCAAUGGAAGGAAAUAAUCUUCAGAUUCAUUUAUGUGCAUAUCAUUUGUAAACUAAGUUACGGUUGCUAGCAAGACCCUCUGGAGAAAAUGCCAUCUGGAUAUGAAAAACAUUUUAAUCAAUUGAAAAUGGACACACUAUCACCUCACAAAAGCUUUAGAUCAUAGUGAUCUGAAAUCAUAAGCAGGUUAGGAAAUGAAAUGUUUAAAUGCAGAUUUUUGGCUAAAAUGUCUCUGUUUAAUCCUUUGAGAUGGACCCAAUUUGAAAGUUUUCUUUUCAUUUUCCCAAACGUUGCUUUGAGAUAGACACUAGAUGGCAACGUUGUUAAUGUUGUCUACAGCCAGAGACCCUGAUUCAUUCCCAUUCUGUGAAACUGGACUUUUAUUUCAAAACCUAAACCAAAUUCACGAGUAAGAAGAAAAAGUAUGAGCAAAUAAAAAAGCUGAAAUAAAGAAACAGGUGUAAAUCUGCCUAAUAAAACCGAAAACCAAUA